GUGACAUGGUCAUCCGUCGUUUGGCCGUUGAAUCGCGAUGGCCGUGUUAUUUGGAUCCUCUUGGCCAGAUGGCCAGCGUGAGCAAGCAAGCAAACAUGCGGGCUGGGCAGUGUUGUAAUAGCGGGGAAACCAGACGGUCACCUAACGUCAUAUUCAAACAGUCCUGGCGGAGGUAUAUGAGCCUGGGAUUCUGCUCAACAGCACCAUUUCACCGCAAAUCAAUCUACAACUCUGAACAUUCACAACACCAUUCACAACACUUUUAACAAAACCUCAUCUCAAAUAUCUAUUCAGAAUGUCUGCCGCCGGUGCCAAGUCCGUCAUCUCCAACGACAUGCAGGAGUUGGGUCAGGGCAAGGAAGACAUCUCAAACAAGAUCUCUGGCCACAAGGCCAAUCUCUCCAACCCCAACACGAGCGAGGAGUCCAAGGAGAACAGCAAAAAGGCGAUCGAGGAGCUUGGCGGACCUGACAACCACUACGGCAAGGAGGACGUCCCACGCAGUAAGAGCGCGGCCGAUGCAUUGGAGGGCAGCCGCGUCGUUUAAACACUUCUUAUGGAGAGGAUGCUAGUAUUGUUCAGAUACCGAGUGUAAUCAUGCCAUUCUAUUUACGAUAGCCUCUUGUCGACAGCCUGACCUAACGGGGUACCUGCCUCAGAAUUGCGUGACAUCCCCUAGAUGAACGAAGUUCAG